CGCGCCUCCCCGGCGGCGGCUCAUUCUCCUCCGUGAGCUCCUCCAUGAGCGGAGACAAGGAACCAGGAAAUUGACCAAGGAUGGAUGAAUCUCAAGUUCAAGAAGGAGUUGAUCCAAAAACUGCUUGUAGAUUAGAGAUCCUUGUCAACUCAUACUUCAGUAUUAUAGAUGGCAAAAAGGUUUAUAGUAAGGGUAGGACUGUAAGUUGGGUUGUUGAUUCUGAAAAGUAUGCACUAAUUGAUCUGCACAAGGAUAUUGCUCCAUACUUCACAUGGGCCAGCGACCAAAAGGCAAACUUUUGGGUUGUUGAUUCAAAGCAGCAUAUGAAAUGCAGGUUAGAUACUGACAAUCAGCUUCUUGAAUUGCUAAGGGCAUCGCAAGUGGUUAAGUUGUUCAUGGUAGUGGGUGCAUGGGAAGAGGGCCAUGUUGAGACCAAUGUUGCCGAUGAGGACAUGAGUGCUGCUACCAAGGUGGUUGAGGAGGAGAUCAAAGUUGAGGGGUUUGCAUGGGCAGAAGUACCAACAUAUGGAGAAACAACUGCAGGGCCACCAAUGGCUGAAGAGGAAGAAAAAGAACACUUCAUGACUUUUGGGUGUGAUCCUCAUGGAGAUGAACCAGCUGGAGUAGAUGAAGAGUGGAGGUACUUCAAAAAGGUGGAUGAUGCCGCCCGUGAGUCAAAGCCAACCGAAAAAAAUGCAGUAGAAGUGAAUAAAAGAAAGAGGGCAAGGCCUAUUCCAGAAUUUGAUACUGAAUGUGUUCAAGAUGAUGAGACUGGAGCGAGAGAUGAUUAUUUUGUGCCAUACACAACACAUGAUCUAGAGAAUCCAGUCAUCAAGGAAAAAGAUACAUUUGGUGAUAAAGAAGAGUUUAUCCAGAUUAUGAGAACAUAUGCCAUCAAAAAUUCAUUUGAGACCAUGGUUGAACAUAGUGACACAACUAGAUACAGGGCAAGGUGUGCAGCUGAAGACUGUGAGUGGAGAGUUUAUGCGAAGAAACUUCAUGGUGGCAACACAUUUAUGGUUGUUAAUCUAUCUUCAUUGGAUGAUCACACAUGUGCCGGUUCAGCCACACUAACGGGACAUCAAGCUUCCACGUCUUGGAUAUCUCGAAGAGCAAAAGAUAUUGUGCAAGAGGAUCCCACUCUGAGUGCAAAGAAGUUACAGAAAAGAUUGCAGACACAAUACAAGAUUGAGAUGUCAUAUUUUAAAGUGUGGGCUGGGAAGAAAGCUGCUAUGAAUGAGCUUCAUGGUACUUGGGAAGAGAGCUUCACAAUGUUAUGGAGAUUCAAAGCAGCUCUAGAAGAAGCUUGUCCAGGAAGCAUUGUUGAUAUCGAUUGCAAGAAGAUCAAUGGACAAAUGCAUUUUUCAAGGAUGUUUGUGUGCAUUAGAGCAUGUGUUGAUGGCUUUUUGGCUGGGUGUAGACCAUAUCUUGGUGUUGAUUCCACACACCUCACUGGUAAGUAUAAUGGACAGUUGGCUGCAGCAACUGCCAUUGAUGGACACAAUUGGAUGUAUCCAGUUGCGUAUGGUAUUUUUGGGAAAGAAAAUAAUGCCAAUUGGGCAUGGUUCAUGACCAACCUCAAGAAAGCAGUUGGCACUCCACCUGGAUUGACGAUCCACACUAAUGCUUGCAAGGGACUAGCAUAUGGUGUCAAGAAAGCCUUUGGAGAUGAUGCAGAGCACCGUGAGUGUUUUAGACACCUAAUGGCUAAUUUUCGAAAGAAGUUCAAGGGUGAGAAUGCUUCAACAAUUGGAUUAAGGAUUACAAAGACCUUCCAGUUGACUAUCUGA